AUGCGGCAUCUACUCGACCAUUUGUUGAGUUACAAAAAUGGCAUAGAAACAUCAGAUCAGCUUGAAACAGCAUUGGAAGAAGCAAUCAAGAGAACACUUCAAGACAACACGUUUCGAGUGCAACUCGGCGCAUCAGAUGACUAUUGGAAAUUAUACAAUGCUGCAUUCUUGACACUUUCACAAGAUACCAAUGAGCAGUGUGUCAUCAACCUGAUCAAACUGACUCGAAACAUCGUAGCAGGCGAAUAUGAAAACCAGAAGUUAGCCAUUCAAUAUGGAGCAUUGUACAGGAUUGAGGAGUUUUUAGCCGAGAAGAUUGCUAGCCCCAGCGAUAACACUACAAUACUGCAAGUGUGUACGCAAGCCAUUUGCAACAUGAUUACCAAUAAUGCAACAGCCAUUGAUUUCAUAUGGAAAGUGUGGAUGUCGAAUGAAAAACGGGGAUCUGUAUGGAGUUACAUGUUAUCCAAGAGCGAUACUACCUUGAUUAUGAGCACACUUGUGUUGAUUAUCAACUGUAUUCGAGGCAGCCAACAGAGAUGUGAUCUACUAGUGUCCAAAAAGAUGGGCCAAGAUAUCAUUGCUGCUAUAUUAGGAGAUAUAGAAAGGUUACAUGGAUACGAACAAGACAAAAAUUUUGAAUUGGGGUAUACAGUCAUUAGUGAAUUAAUUACAUUUGGCCAUUUCAACACUCUAUAUCAACAUGUCGAUGAUGCAAGCGACAAGAAUCCAGUCAGUGAUCAUCAAGUGAUCUUGUUGAAGUUACUCGACUCCAAAAUUCAUGCGCAUCAGAAAGAACAGAGCUUCCCAGCUUUCAUUCGGCACGAGGAACUGAAGUUUCUCACUGUUCAAUUGAACCUGAUUGGAAAACAGGCAUUGCAAGUGAUUGUACAAGUCAAGGAAAAUGGAAGUCAGUUGCAACCUGAUCAGAUUUCCAAUGUUUACACGGCCAUUGUCCUGCUGCUCCAGAUUUUAAAUGAACUGUUUGUGCUGGACGAAGAUCACUGCCACGGCACUAAGCCUCUCUUGGUGGAUGCCGAUGCACUGACGCUUGUUACCGACAUGCUGGGUCAUCUCGAGACACUCAAGGUCCCAGCACCUACACCAGCGACAUCUCAGAACGAUGAUACUGAUCCGCAAGCAGGGUUUCAUUUUCUCAAAAGAGAAUGUGUUCGUAUGAUGGGAACAAUGUGCUAUAAAGACAAGUCCAUGCAAGACAAGAUUCGCCAAUUGGGUGGAAUUCCACUUGUUCUGUGUCAGUUCAAAAUCGAUGAUUCAAAUCCAUAUCUUCGAGAGUAUGCGACAGUUGCUUUGCGUAAUAUCAUGGAAAAUAACCCAGAGAAUCAAAAGCUGAUAGAGGAACUUAAGCCUGAACAAGUGGUAGAGACAGAAGAGUUGAAACAAAUGGGUAUUGUGCCAGAACUUACGCAAGAUGGCAAGUUACGCAUAAAACGGCCAUAA